UCCUCCUCCGCUCCUUCUUAAUCCCUCAUAUCCUCUAAUACCGCCCAACACAUUUGCGCACAAAGUGCCAGCUGCCGUCCAACAGCUCAGAGAAGUUCCGAGGCUCCGUGUUUGGGACGUUUAUUGCCCCCGAGGUCUGUGUGAGGAACAAAAAGAACCAUCCCAUCUUUGGUGUGUCGUGGUUCUUUCGGUUGACAUGGCCUCGUUUGACAAUGUAGACAGCACCCUUACUCCUGUGGAUUUUAUCCAGCUACAGGAAUACAUGGAAUAUAGCAAUUUGAGAGUGAAAGAUGUAAUCAAGGAGUUUCACCCUGGGGGUCGGCAGUCCCAGCACAGUUUUGGGGAGUGUGUCGAUGCAGAAGGGUUCUGUCUGUUUCUCAAGACCUACCUCGAAGUGGAUGACUUCCCCAAAGAUUUAUGCCAGCGUCUUUUUCGUUAUUUUCAACAUGUAGAACAAGAUGGGUCUGUAAAAGGUUCUAUGCCCAAAGGAGGUGGUGUCUAUCUCCGUGAUGUGUCCUGCUACUUUUCUGUGCUGGAGGAUGGACAGCCACGAGAGAAGCUGGAAUUUACUUUCAAACUUUAUGACAAAGAUGUUAAUGGCAUUCUGGACAGUUCUGAGGUGGAUCGUAUAAUUCUGCAGAUGAUGCGAGCUGCUGAAUACCUGGGCUGGGACGUGUCUCAACUCAGACCAGUUCUGAAGGACAUGAUGACAGUGAUCGAUGUGGACAACAGCGGUACUGUCACACUGGAGGAGUGGGUCAAAGGAGGCAUGGACAAUGUGCCUUUACUUGUCCUGCUAGGACUAAAGAUGACAGCACGAGAUGGGCAACAUAUCUGGAGGAUGAAAAAUUUCAAGAAGCUGACCUACUGCAGUGUGUGUCAGAACAUGCUGCUUGGUCUCAGGAAGCAGGGACUCUCCUGCACCUGUUGCAAGUACACAGUUCACAGUCAGUGCGCCAACAAGAGCCGGGAACCCUGCGCUCGCACCUUUGUCAAGUCUAAGAAGAACUUGGGUGUACCAGCUCAUGACUGGAUCAGAGUGAACUGUAAUGCCACCAAGUGUCACGUGUGCCAGAAGAAAAUCAAAACUUUAGCAGGGAAACGCUGCGUGUGGUGCCAUGAGAUGCGUCACGAUGAUUGCAUCCCUUCAGGAUUGCCAUCUUGCAAUUGUGGGCCGCUGAAGAAUCAUAUACUUCCUCCUUGGGCCAUUUAUGCUGUGUCAAAGGAGGACGACCCCAACCUGUUAAAUGUUAUGCCCGAUGGUCUCAACUUGCAGAUUGUUUCGCUUAAAGAUGCCCAACCUCUGCUGGUUUUUGUAAACCCUAAAAGUGGUGGAAAGCAAGGUGAAAAAAUUCUCAGGAAAUUUCACUACCUUUUGAAUCCACGUCAAGUGUACAACCUCUCUAAUGGAGGUCCUGCCCCAGGACUACGUUUCUUUCGCAGUCUGCAGAAGUACAGAAUUUUGGCAUGCGGAGGAGAUGGCACAGUUGGAUGGAUCUUGGAUGCUAUAGACAAAGCAACACUCCAGGUGUGUCCUCGAGUAGCAAUCCUGCCUCUGGGAACCGGGAAUGAUCUGGCUCGCUGCCUACGUUGGGGAGGAGGGUAUGAGGGGGCUGACCUCAGGAAUAUCCUGAAGGAAAUUGAAGCUAGUGAGUUGAAGCCCUUGGACCGCUGGAGCAUAAAGGUGAUACCAGAUGACCCCCAGGAGGUGGGAGACCCCGUGCCCUAUGAGAUUAUCAACAACUACUUCUCUGUUGGUGUGGACGCGUCUAUCGCGCAUCGUUUUCACACAAUGAGAGAGAAAUGCCCUCAGAAGUUCAACAGCAGAGUGAAGAACAAACUUUGGUAUUUUGAGUUUGCUACUUCUGAGACUUUCUCCGCCUCCUGCAAGAACCUAACAGAUUGUGUCUCCAUCGAGUGCUUUGGGAAAACUCUGGAUCUGAGCCGGGUGUCUCUGGAGGGCAUUGCUGUCCUCAACAUACCCAGCAUGUACGGAGGCUCCAACAUUUGGGGUGAAUCCAAGAAGUCUGACAGUGUGUCAGAGGCACAGAACAGUGAGGUCAUCACUGACCCUGAGAUUCUUAAAAUAACCUCACAAGAUAUGAGCGAUAAACGUCUGGAGGUGGUGGGACUGGAAGGAGUCAUCGACAUGGGGCAGAUCUACACUGGACUAAAGAGCGCCGGGCACAGGCUGGCACAGACAUCUCAAAUUACCAUCAGAACAAUCAAAGCUCUGCCUAUGCAAAUUGAUGGAGAACCUUGGUUGCAACCUCCAUGCACUAUCAUCAUCACUCACAAGAACCAAGCUAACAUGCUAAUGGCCCCGCCAGCUAAACCAUCUGGCUUCUUUCACCUCAAGUAGUGACAUAUAGCUUGACUCCAUCACACUUUUCCUGUUAUUAUUUCAGUGAAAAGCAUCACUAUGUCUUUUUUUCACUUGAAACAAAGUGUAAAUGCCACAACUAUGUCUGAUUGCUACUAUUGUGUGCCAAUGUUAUUGUGCAUCUUUCCGGUGUAGUAAUUAGCUAUAAAUGUAAAAUAUAUUUUAUGUUGUGGUACAUGUCUGUGGUGGAUGAAACCGCUUGGUCAAAUAUCUGCGUACGUGAAUGCAGCUAUAGUAGUGAUUAACUCGCUUUGGCCUUGAGAUGCUUUACAGCUUACCUUGUAGGACUUCCUACAAUGUUCAGAUGCAUAAUGUUCAGAUAUCUAAGUAAACAAAAUUGUUUUAUUUCAUUGUUUAAUUCCUAAAGCAAAGAGUAACAUAAAUGUGGUUGAAUGUGGCUUAUUAAGACAUGGCUUUGACUUUUAUGUACAGUGUCUUCCCUAAGUUUUUUUUUUUUUUUUUGAAAUAUAAAUGUUUAAUAAGUGUAUUUUCUUUCAUUAAAUAUUCUAUUGUAUUUAAUUCAAUAAGGCACACAAGUGAUGCUAUUUUCCAGAUGCAGCUUGAAGCAGUUAUGUUCCAGUUUGCUAAAAAUAAGUUUCUUUGGG